UUCAGUUUGUUCUGAGAAGCAGUCUGGUCACAAUGACACUCCUAACGUUGACUUUCUGUCUGACGGCCCUUCUCUUCUUAAGUUCAGCGCAAAAAACUACUCAGAAAUCAUCCAGUCGUGUACGGCAGGAUAACGGUCUUUUUUCAGCCAAUGUUGGAGACAACAUCACUUUAAACUGUUUUUAUGAAAACGAUGCCGUCAUGCUUGUCUGGUUUAAACAAACUCUUGGACAGAAACCAAAUGUCAUCUCAACGUUCUAUAAACACAGUGCACAAGGUCACUUUCAUAAUGAACAGAAGGACAAUUUACGUUUCGGACUAGAAGUUGGAAAAGGUAAAAAUCACCUGAAAAUCUCAGAUGUACAGCCUUCAGAUUCAGCCACCUACUACUGCGUUGGUGUUGAUGGAGAGGAGUAUGAAUUUGGAGAUGCAGCUAGAGUCAGUGUAAGGGACUUGGGAACAAUCCCUCGGUCAGAAUCCAAGACCGCACAAUCGGGAUGUUUUGUUACCCAGAACUGUUCCGUACGUGCUGGAACCAGUGAUGGAGAACACAGCGUUUACUGGUUUAAAGACUCAGAAGAAGCUGAUCCGGGACUCAUUUACACCCACGGUCAACGUGAGAGAACCCCCAAUCUACAGCCACACAGCUGUAUGUACCACCUGCCAACGAAGAGCCUGACUGGGAGUCAUCGUUGUGCUGUUGCCUCAUGUGGGCACAUUCUGUUUGGAAAUGGAAUCAAACUGGAUUCAGCAGAUGACUGGAACCCUUCAGACUCUCUUAUAUAUAUAUUAAGUGGAGCUUUGACCAUCACCACCAUACUGAUUGUUUGGGUGGGUUUCUCUGUGUACAAGGUGAACAAACAAAUCCAAAGCCACAAAGAGUCACGUAAAAGAAAUACAGACGGUUUUGUGGUUGACUCAGAGGGUCACCAAGAGGAAGAAAGGCUCCAUCGUGCUGCUGUAAGGCAACAAACAUUCAACAGAGGAACGAGUCAGUGUGUGUACUCCAGUGUAAGACAGUAGAGUCAACAUGCGUUUUAAUCUGUUAUGCUCCAUUUACUUAGUAAGGUACAACUCAUACACUCGCUUUUGAAAACAAUAUGUGAAGACAAAUUAAUAAAGAAAGUCUUUUAUUAUGUAGACCAUUGGAACGUUUUACGGGACUCUUUAGCCCCUGCAACACUCUGCCAGUCAGGCUCACUGCCAAAGGUGAUUCGUCUUCAUAACUUGUUGCAUUUAUGUUGCUUCAGAAAUAAUAAAAAUUGUUAUGACCCCGGUCAUAUGGAAUGUUAUUUCUUUUAUUUUUAUACUCUUUGUAUUUCUAGUGUUGUUUUGAGUGUGCAGGUGCCCUCCUAGGAUUGGUGGAUGAUGACCAGGGGACGUUUGGAUUGGAAGAUCAGCUGGAGCAAAGCUGUUAAAAGGAGCCUGAUGAGAUGCAGCUGUGUUCUUCAUCCUCCACUCAUUCCAAUCAGCCACCACUUUGAUGCUCUGUGUUUGUGUGAUGCCCCUGUGCCUUUUGUGACUAUUACCUGCCAUUCGAGGAGUCUGUAGGGGUGAACCGCCUUUUUUCUUUGCAUUCCUGUUUUCUCCUGUUUUGGAUAGUCAGGCAGGUAAGUUUGGUUGUCAGUUAUUUCCUUUAAGUUUGUAGGUCAGUUGUCAUUCUGGAGUUAGAGGUGUUUUGUUUAUUGUUUUAGGCAUUGGUUCACCCUGAGUUAUUAAUCCUCCCUCGUCCUCAGU